CCAAGGCCGAGAGGUUACUAGAGGCUCCGCCCGCGCGCCCGAGGCUCCUGCCACCCGGGUUUCACCCCACCAUGGUUCGCGUGCCUCUGCAGUGCGUCCUCUGGGGCUACUUGCUGACGGCCGUCUACCCAGAAGCAUCUCUUGAAUGUAGAGAAAAUCAAUUCCUACUGAACAAUGUGUGCUGUGAUUUGUGCCCACCAGGAGAGAAGCUGGUGGAUGAAUGCACAGAGUUCAAGACCACACAAUGCCUUCGCUGCACAAAAGGCGAAUUCUUAGGCGCCUGGAACAGAGAGAGACACUGUCAUGUGCACAGAUACUGCGACCCCAAUCUAGGGCUUCAGGUCCAGAAGGAGGGCACCUUAGAAACAGACACCACUUGCUUCUGUAAGGAAGGCCAACACUGCACUAGCGAUGCCUGUGAGCACUGUGAUCUCCACACCUCCUGUGGCCCUGGAUUUGGGGUCAGGCAUAUAGGUACAGGGACUUCUGAUACCAUCUGUGAACCCUGCCCGGAUGGCUUCUUCUCCAAUGUGUCAUCUGCUUUUGAAAAGUGUCACCCUUGGACAAGCUGUGAGAACAAACAGCUGGUGGAGCUACAAGCAGGAACUAACGUGACUGACGCUGUCUGCGGUUUCCAGAAUCGGAGUCGAGCCCUUCUGGUGAUCCCUGUCAUCAUAGGCAUCCUGAUUGUCAUCUUGUUGAUGUCUGUGUACUUCACUGAGUUCCCAGGAAGGGUGUUCAGGAAGCCAAAGAAUCAGGCCAUCCAUGAUAAGCCUGAGUGGCAAGGUCCUGUGGAAGUACCAGAUGCAGACGAUUGUCUUGGCCACAACACUGCUGCUCCAGUGCAGGAGACUUUGCAUGGGUGCCAGCCCGUUACCCAGGAGGAUGGCAAGGAGAGCCGCAUCUCAGUGCAAGAGAGACAGUGAGGCAGUGCCUACCCAGGACGUGGCAGCGUGGGCACAGGGCACCUGGCUGGAGAGCCUGGACCUUCUGUGGUGGUGAAGAUGAGAGGCUGGCACUGGCCAGGCACAGCCCCCUCUGCCUGUACUGCUGGAGUCCGAGAGCAGCCCUAGACUCAGCGUGAGAUGCAGGACACAGUCCACUUUUGAGAAGAAUUUCUCACGCCAGUUCUGGAGCCCAUCCAACUUCCCUGCUUGCUUUUAAACAUGGAGGGAAAACUCUGGUGUUGGAGGAAUACAGGACUAAACCUCCCAGCCCAACCAGGCAGCUUGGUGGCCAGACCUGUAUCACGUGAUUUCCAUGCGUCCACGGAGCCAUAGACACCAGUGUCCACUGCAGUGUUGUUUGUCAUCGUGAACAACUGGCAGCCACCUAACUGUCCAUCUGCAGGGGACUGGCUAAAUAGAAUGGAUAUACAUUUAUAAAACAGGACCUCAAAACCACUGUCAUGUGAGAAGAGAGAUUGUGGGAUGAUAGAUAUGGAAACUCCAAAGCAAUACAAUAUAUACCCUAUAUAUAAAAAUACAAUAGUGUA